CUGAGUCUAAGUUCAUUCACUACAGCGAGAGCUCCGCAAUGAAACCGCAUCCUCAGACCUGUACCCCUUCCCUUCCCAUGCCUUCUACAUCCUGCAGGCCAGGUGAGACGCAGCAGCCAAAAGUCUGGAACUGGCAUUUGGCCCCUGAGCUGUGGGCAAGAUCAGUUCGACAGCAGUUGAAUACCUGCCUCCGCUUUACUCUGGAAGAGAGGAAUGUACCUUCAUCUCCCGAUAAGCUAUCAUUUGAUACGCUUGAGUCUGGGUUCACUGAGUGUAGCUGCAGCAGCCAAGAACAUACCUGGGACUGUCGGAAGAAGCAGGAGCGCCUUAAGGCAGUGGUUGAAUCAGAGCAGCGGACAUCGCUGGAGCUGCUGCUGUUUGAGCUGCGGUCUCUGGUGUCAGCUGUGCUGCAGGAUGGCAGCAGUGAAGCUUGGCGCUAUCUGCAUGCAGUACUGGGUCUGUUGUCUCCAUAUCGUGAGAUGCUAACUGGUCAACUCGAUUUGCUACCCUUACUAGAGCAGCUGUACUGCUGGGCACCCAAGGUCCAAUCCGAACUCCACCUGGACCUGCUAGAUGCCAUAGACAAGGCCUUUCCCCCAGACAGCUCUUUACUAUAUAGUUCCUCCCAUGUUGACUGCCGUCCCUGGAUGAAGAGGUCUCACAGAGGGCCUCCAUACCCAGUAUGCCCUUUUGUGAAGGCUCGGUGGGGUGAGAAACAAAAAAAGGAACUGGGCACGUGGCUACGUCCAUUGACACUGCCGGAGCUGCAGCGCUGCUUGGGCAUUGUUGGUGCUGAGGUGGCCCUAGAAGAGACCCAGUGGCUGGAUAGCCUUAGUCUCCUGCCCUUGGCAUUGGCGACAGACAUCCCUGUACAGUAUGAAAGCAGCGAUGCUGACCACAAACAAGAGGAGUCUGCUGGGACAAAGUCUCUGCUUGCCUCUGAAGCUCCUGAGGAGAAGGCCUUCAGGAAGAAAAGUUCUAAGACUUCCCUCCUGAGAAGUCAGGUGAAAUCCCUUCUGAGGACAGACUGGUACCAGAAGAAGAUCCACUUCCUCUAUCUCAAUGUGGCUCCUGAUCGGUACUUUAAGCCUUACAACCUGAUAGUGGUGCCACCAAGCAAGGUGAAUCCCGAACACUACAUCUUUUCCCCCUUUGGGAUCCUGCAUGUACAUCCUGUGGAGGGCAAUGAAACGAUGACACUGGGUACUUGGCAUCGCAACUCUACUGUCUGGCACGAACUCCAGCGUAUUCCAUUCUUUAAGAAUUGCCUCUUACAAAAGGCUUUGACCUGUUGGAAGAAGAAUGUGAGGUUUUACGGGCUGCAUCGAAUCCAGACUUUACUCAAGAGUCAUCUGCUCUUGGCUGUUCCUCACUUUGGAGCUGGGAUGCUCCAUAUUAGCAGGCUUCUUCAGGAGUUUCAGUCUGUGUCUUGGCUACCCAAGGAGCCAGAUAAGUGCUAUGAGCUUCAGGACCUGCAGAAGACAAUAGCCAAAGAGAACCACAAGGCUCUGCGAAUGUUCUGUCGCUUUCUGAAUCUCUGUACAUCCAUUCUUCAACUGGUUCAUGAAGACACAUACCAAAUGCAACAGGGCCUGCAGGAGAGAGUGCAAAACUGGAACAGGAUCAGGAAAGGCCAGGGCUCCAUAUACCUUCAGAGGGUGCUGUGCAGGCAUCUGGAGAAGAAACUGAAGCUGGCAGAAACAUGGUUGCUGAAGCUGGGAAAGUUUGCCCGCCUGAUCGACUACAUGAUUUGUCAGAACCUUGUUUCCAUCUUAGAAGAUGAAAUAACUUCCUUUGUAGCCAACACUAUGCAAGCCCCAAGACAAAACCCUUUUCUCUUAUCACAGCUGGUCUUUGAUGACAAUGGCCAGUUGUCUCCUAUGCCUUGUGUUGAAACUAUAAUCCAGACUCUUAAUAAAGGCCUGCAGUCUAUCAAGACCUCUGCCCUAAAGGUACUGCAGUCUACAGACCUGAGGACCUCCAAAGAUCCCCUGUAUUCUGAAGAUGAUAAAGACCAGGACUCGAAUGCAGAAUUCCUGAUGCCCAAGUUUCAUGGAAAGCCCAGCGAUGCUGUUCGCCUCUUCUGUGGCCCGAAUGUAGGAUUUGUGUGGCCCUGGAAGUCUCAUGCAAUUACUGAUGUCCUCGAGGUCCGUGGGCACCGGCUUCGGGGUCAGUAUCUGCCCCCUAAUUACAAUCAUGUACAGAAGGACUUGGACAACAAUGCUAGAAUCCAACAGGCACUGGCUGUACAACAGGCACUCCUGGAGGACAUGCUGCAGGAGGUUCGGGAAUUCUGCAAUGAACAACAGUGGGUAGAAGGCAUCUAUGAGUUCCUGACAGCCUGGGACCCUCAGAAAUUAGAGGACCUGAGAGGCUCUCCCAUUAAGGACUAUGUAGUACUAGUAAACCAGCUGAAAGUUUGGCAGAAACGUGUCUCCAAUAUGCCUGUCGAGUUGCUGACGAAAGGCAAGUUGCUGCUCCUGAGUGGCCACAAUGUUCAAGCAGAGUUGGAAUCCAAGUUAGACAACUUGAGGAAGAACAUUCUUGCACAAGUACAAAGUGAAUGCUGGAGUCGUAAUCAGCAGCUGAUGACAGAGUUGACAGAUUUCUUGCGGGUCUUCCAAACCAUCAACUCAGACAUCCAUGCCAUUGCACAGUGCUCCCAAAAGUUGAAUGAAGCCAAUGAGCAAUACAGCCAGCUGGAGGAGCGAGUGGAAUAUGUCCGAUCACUCCAUGACCUCAUCCGCAACCACUGUUUCAUUGCUGAGAAUGAGACUCUAGACAUCUCGCUUCUGGAUAUAUGGGAGGCAUUUCAGUUUGAGAGAAGCCAGGCUUCAGAAUUCCUGCUUAGUAAGCGACAUGCCAUUGUGCCCAAGCUGCAGCAGCUGAUGGCAGCAGCAUUGGCAGAGCUGGAAGGCCUGUUGGCAACGGCACUGUCUGGUCCCUUCAUGGAUCCUUCACAAGAACAGAGGAGCACUGAGCACCAGCUUACUGCCUUGGAGCACCAGUUCUUGAACACAUACAACAACUUCAACGAACUACGCUAUGCUUACACCACCUUCACUGGGGAUGAGAGUUCUAUGUCCCCACCUGCUUCUGGGAGCCGGCCUAUUAUACAGCAGCAGCGCAUCUGGAGGCUCUACCGAAUGAUCUCUGAAAACUUCAGUGAGUGGAAGUGCAUGGCUUUUACCAAGUUCAGCCUUCUUAUGGCCUGGGAGAAGACAGAAGCCUGGUUGACAGAGGCUGCGCGGCUCAGCACCACCCUGGGGAUGCACAAUCCAGUGCUACAACGCUGCAUGCGCAUGCUAGAGGAGUUUCGAAGCUACCUGCCCUUGCUCACUAAGCUGGGCAGCCUCCAGUUUCAGAACUUUAACUGCCAAUCCCUCUUGAGAGUAUUAGGGCUGGGCAGUCUCCAAAGCUUGGACCUUCUCACACUGGGCCAGCUGCUCAACUGUCCACUGCUGGAAUUUUCAGACCGAAUCAAUCAGGUCUGGCAGUAUGAUAAAGAACGAAUUCAUGCCCAAGAGAGCCUACAGCAGAUGCAGCAGUACUGGGAGGGGCGCCAGCUGCGCCUGCUCAACUUCAUCCUGCAUGUGCCCUACAAGCCCCCAACCUCAGAGCGGUCCAAAAGGCAGGCAUUCCGAAGCCCCCGGUGGGAGUUAGUGGGCAAGGAUAGUGGCACCUUCCUCCUCUCAGACUUCAGCAGUCUGCAAGAUGCCAUCCAGAACAGUCUCCAAGCACUAUUCAAGAUCCUAGCCAUCCAAAAAUCAGGAGAGUUGCAUAAAAUAGCUUUAGAGUGGGUGACCAUCAUGUAUGGCCUGGGUGCACUACUGGAGGUAUGGGUGGCUUUCCAGCAGAAGUGGAUUUUUCUAAAUAAAGUUCUACAUGAGAUGAAGAUCCAGUUUCCUGGUGCUGAGCUGAAUGCCCGUUUCAAGGUCAUGGAUGAUCAGUAUCGGACCCUAAUGCGAAUCUCUGUAGCUGACCCAAUGGUUCUGUCACUUAUAGUGCCCAAUGCCAAGAGGAGCCCUUACUUCCAAGGUCAGCAUCUACAACAACUACUGAAAGCAGGAUCUGUGGAGCUGGAGACCAUUAUCGUAGCUCUGGAGGAUGUCCUCUAUGGGGUAUGUGCCCACUUCCCCCGCCUUUUCUUCCUCAGUGACAGUGAACUGGUGGCCCUCCUUGCUGCCCCUCUAGAGACCUGUGAGGCCCAGUCAUGGGCACAGCGCUGCUUUCCUCACAUUAAAGCUGUGAACUUCAGGUCCAACCCAACUGAUGAGAAAGGCAAGAAUAACCAGGAGUCAAGCUCAACUGCACAGACUCCAGAGGAGACAACUGCUGUGCUAGGGGCAUAUGGAGAGAAAGUGAAGCUUCACGGUCCUCUUCCUCUGCAUCCAGAUCUUCCUAAGUGGCUGGCCUCUUUGGAGAAGUGUCUGCGUUUUGUAAUAGUGAACCUGCUGCAGAACUGUGUGGCCACCCGCCUUGCUCAAGGCCCAUCCCUAGUUAAUGCAUUGAAGGCACUGCCUCAACAAAGACAGGUGCCCAUGCAACUAUAUGUCCAGCACUGGCUAGAUGCGGUCCAGGUUUUUCCGUGGCAGUGCAUACUGGUGGCAGAGGAGGUAGUGUGGUGUGCUGAGAUGGAGGAGGCUCUGUUUGAAAGGGGGACCAUGCGCACGACUCGCAUACAUGUACACAAGCUGGAGGUACUAGUGCAAUUUAUACGUGCUCAGAGGAGCUCCCAGGGUGAGCAACCUCUGCCUUCUGUUCUCCAGACUAGCCUAUUCAGUAUCCUGCUGGUCAUGGCAGUGACUCAUCGAGAUAUAGCACAACUCCUGGAGAAGCACCAUGUCAGUGAUCUGACAGACUUCUACUGGGUCCGCCAACUUAAGUAUCGCCUGGGUUCAUCUCACUUGAACCCCAAAAGCCCCCUUCAGUGUCUUAAGACUAUUUCAUCUGCUGAUCCCUCUCUGUCACCAGCUGUAUGCUGGAUAGAUGUGCUUGGCCGGUCCUUCAUAUACAAUUAUGAGUACCUGGGGCCCAAACUGGGGCCUCUACCCAGCCUGAUUCAUGAGCGGCAAGUGUUACUUCUCUUAUUGGCUCUGGAGGAGGUGGCCUGUGGGGCCCUACUGGGCCGGGAUGGUUUGGGCAAGACAGAAAUGGUGAAUAGCCUGGCAUGGACCCUGGGCCGCCAGCUGGUAAUGAUGCCCUGCUUGCCCCAGAUAGAGUUCCGAUGUCUGAGCAAUUACCUGAAUGGUGCCCUUCAGGGUGGGGCCUGGCUGCUGUUGGAGAAUGCUCAUCAACUACCUCCUAGCUUGCUCUCUGCCUUGGGACAGCGUCUGGAUGAACUACACCAUCUUUAUGCCCCACUGUACCAGAAAGCUUCCAAAAACAUCAGUACCAUAAACCCUACUAGGCCCCUAUUCCUUGGUUCUGGGUUCUUUGAGAAGCAUCAUGUAUCCAUGCGCCUUGGCUAUGGCUGUUUCCUGACAUUUCGUUCCCUGAGCCUUGAUGUGCCUGCCAAUCUGCACCUGCUCCUACGUCCUGUGGCAUUGGCACUGCCUGACCUGCAGCGAGUGGCAGAACUUAACCUGCUGGGAGCAGGGGUGCGGGAUGCCUCCCGAAUGGCUGCUCGCCUAUCCAAAUUAUUCUCCCUAGAGCGUGAGCUAGUGUCUGGGACUUUGCCCUGCCGCUUGCCAUUGCUCAAGCAGAUACUAGAAGACACAAUACAGAUACUCAAUACAACUGAGGAGGAAAACAAUUCCCAGCAGCCCCACAGCUUAGCUGCUCCUGAGGAGACUGCCCUACUGCAUGCCCUGUUGCAUUCACCACUGUUCAGCAUCCUUGAUGGGCUCCGCCUGCAAAAGUUGCGAGAGCUGCUCUGUGGGAUUUUCCCUAAUGCUAGCCAUGUGUUGGCAGAACCUGUGGCCCAUAGACUGACGAGGUCAGUAGUGGUGGAAGAACUCCAGCAGGUAGGCCUGCUUCCCACCCCUAACACACUGAUGUCGCUGGAGCAGCUCAGUCAGGCCCUGAGCCGGGCUUCUGGUAUUCUGCUCCUGGGCCCUGCGGGCAGUGGCAAGAGUACUUGUUGGAAGAGCUUACUUAAGAUUCAGAAUCGGCUGGCAGCUAUGGAACAAACCUCAACCCAAGGUUUCCAGCCUGUGGAAAUUGCCCACCUAUAUCCUAGUGUGCUCAGCUCCCAAGAAUUCCUAGGGUGGUCAGAGGGUCCCUCCUGGCACUACGGCAUCUUCCCCAAGCUUCUUCAUGCUGCCCCUCACGGUAAGAGUGUGGGCUCAGAAGAGCAGCCAGAGCAAUUCACAGGGAUUCAGCUAUGGAUAGUAUGUGAUGGGGCCCCUAAUUCUACAUGGUUAGACUCCAUCACUUGCCUCCUAAGUGACCCUCCCCAGCUGAGUCUCCCUAAUGGUCAACAGAUAGCGCGACCCCUGAGUACCUUUUUCUUGAUAGAGGUGGCAGAGGCAGCAGGCAUGUCUCCUACAGUGGUAGGCCGGUGUGCUCUAGUCUGGUGUUGUGGAGAUCAGACUUGGCAAUACAUGCUUAAUGUCUUGAUGGCAUCCCUGCCCCAUGAAUACCACCUGCAGCAAGAGACAAUCAUUGAGCUCAACCACAUCGCUGAAGUACUGGUGCCUGCAGUGCUCCGAUUCCUUACCCGCAUAGGUGCCAGUUCUCUGCUACAGGUACAUGGGCAUCAGACUGUUUGCCCAGGUGUGGCAGAAGUCACCAGCCUGGCUCUCAUCUUGCGUGCUCUACUUGACCCCCAUCUACGCUUAUAUGAAGAGGAGAAGCCACAUGACCAAGAGGACUUUAGUGGCAGCGAUCUUGCAACCCAAAGCUUCAAAUCUUCAAAAAGCAGGAGCCAGUCUGACAGUGACAAUGUGAAUAAAAAGCAGAGGAGGCAUUUGCUGGCUAUCAGCAGCUUUCUUUUUGCCACAAUCUGGGGCUUUGGAGCCCACCUUCCCUCCAGACACUGGCCUCUCUUUGAUAACUUCAUGAAGAAUUCUAUUAGUUCCUUGUCCAACUACCCUGAGCCACCUCCUUCAGCCUUGGUGUUUGAUCUACAUGUAAACCUUGAAGAUGGGACACUGGUCCCCUUUACUGGCCAUUACCUGAGCAGCUGUGUCAGAGGAAAUCUGGGUACUUUCCAGCCCUCUUCCCAGACUGAACGGCUUUUGUAUACGGUGGACCUGCUUCUAUCAAAUGGACAUCCAGUGCUGCUUGCUGGAGAGAUCGCCACAGGGAAGUCAGCUUUUGUGGAGGUGCUAGUGGAGCCAAAUCACCCUUCCAUUCACAGCCCCAUUCACCCUGCUUUAAGUUCUAUGCACCUUCGUCACCUGCUGAGCAGAGGGGUCCAUGGCCAAACACAAGCCGGCUUUUUUGGGUUUUACCAGGAAUCCAAAGGCUCACUCCUUUUCCUGAUGGAAGAUCUUCACCUGGCUGCUUCUGACCCAGAGAAAAGCUGCCAGCCAGUGCUAGAGACCCUGCGUCAGGCAAUGGAAGGCACCAUCUAUGCCCGAAACACCUUAGAAUUACAGACACUGCAGCCUACAGUCAACUUCCUUGCCACUGCUACCGUACCAGGCUACUCUGAGCGCCCACUUUGUCCACGUCUAUUCCGACUCUUCACAGUGCUAGCCCUGGACAACAUGACCCAGGACACCCUUUUGAGCAGGCACGUACCUAGUAUCCAAGCCUGGCUUGAGCGCUUCCCUUCUGUGGAGCGGGAGCAAACUUUGGCAAGAGCCCUUGUCAGGGCUUCAGUGGAGGCUUGGGAGGCUGUGUGCAACUGCUUCAUGCCUUCACCUCUCCGCCCACAUUACCGAUUUUCCCUGCAUUCUGUGAGCCACAUUCUGGGAAGCCUGCAGCUGCUGCCUACCAGAAUGGGCUCACGAAGUUUUGUAGAUGUUUUUCAUCAGCAGGAGCACCUGCGCCGGGUGUCUGGCCUGCGUGGCACUCGCCUGACUAUCAUGAUGUCUAUGCGCAUCAUGGUGCGUCUUUGGUUACAUGAGGCACAAAGAACAUUUUGUGACCGGCUGGACAGUGAAAAGGAACGUUCCCAUUGUGCUAAGCUGCUUCUAGAAGUAGCUCAGAGUGUCUUCUGUUGUGGGUCAGAGGCUCAGCCCUUGGUCAAGGACUAUGAGGAGGAAGUGGAGGAGGAGAAAGUACCAGAAGUAGAAUCUGAAGGAGAAAUAGCCCAGUGGGAGGACUUAAGCAACAGUGACAGUGAAUCAGAGGACGAAGAGGAUGCGUAUGGCAUUCAGGCCACAACAGGCUCAUUACUCAGUGAUAGCAGUGUCGCACCAUUCUCCAUAAGGUCAGUAAACAAGGAGAACACCGAAAGUGUAAGUCAGAUGGCUGAGCAGGAGGAAGAUAUAAGGGCUCCUAGUGGUAAGCUCCAGUCAGGAACACCCAAGAGUGAGUGGCAGGCGGUAUCCCAGAUGGACUUAAUUUUACCCUUGUUGCUGCCUGUGUUGCUGCUCUAUCCCCAGGAGAAGCCCUCAGACCUGGUGUUCAGUCUGGAACUUACACUGGGAUCUAACUUUGAGAGUACCAACUUGUACUUGGAACGGCAGUGGGAAAACCUGGAAAAGCAGUUGGCUGCCUCAGCUGUUCGACUGAAGCUGAACCCCCACCUUGCUCAGUGCCACAUGAUGACCCAGCAUGUGGCUCGCCUGGUCCGAGUUCUGGCUAGGCCGAGGCAGCAUGGCCUACUGCUCUCAAUGGCUCGGGGUACUGGGCGCCAUACAGCCAUCAGCCUGGCUUCUAGCAUAUGUCAGGCUCACUUCUUUCAUUUGCCAUCUGAGUCUGAAGAAGCUAUCUUCCAAUGUCUCCGAGAUGCCAGCUGGUGUGCUGGAAUAUUAAACCAGCCAGUGGCUCUUCUGGUGCCUGAGAGUGUGAAUGUUGCUAUCCUUCACCGACUGGUGGCCCUGGCAACCUCAGGUAGCUUCCCUGAUCAAUACACAGAGGCAGAUCUGGAUAACAUCGAAGAACAUCUCCCCAAGGAGAACCUUGUGGUCAAACUUAUCAUUAAGAAGGACACAAUAUUGCAUAGGUUCUAUCAGCAAGUGUGUAGCAACUUGCAUAUGUUCUUCUUGAUGGGAGAUGACCAAGCCCAAAAGCAGCUGCCCUCCACUCUUCUCCUGAGGCUCCUUCAACUGGCCACUGCCUGUGUUGACCGCUAUGAACCCUGGGACCAAGCUUCCCUGGUCCGGAUUGCCCAGUCCCACCUAGAGAAUGUUCAGAAUUUACCUCUUGAUGAUGGCUCCUUGAAGUGCCCAGAUAUCAAGACCUUAAUUCCCAAUGUGGCCAAAAUCAUGGCUCUCAUCCAUCUUUCAUCUGCCUAUUACCAUCAGCACAUGUGCCCUGCAUUGCCACUUGUCACCCCCAAGACAUUCCUAGACUUCUUGGAUAUGUUCCUACUGCUCCAGCAGCAGAUGAUCCUGAAGAUGAGAAUGAGGGCCCGGCGUAUCCACUCUGCCCUGAAGACUCUAAGGCUGCUGGUUGAGAGGCAAAGCACCCAAACUAACCUGGUAACUGACCUGGAAAAGGAGCUAAAGGGCUCCUACAAGAACAUUGGUAUGUAUCAAAGCCAGCUCGAUCAAGUCAAGCAGCUAUACAAGCAGAAGAUGGCAGAAUGUCAACACCAGGAGAGCCUCAUUGAGAAUCUGGUCAGGCAGCAAUGUACCCUACAGGCUCAACAGGAGGCUUUCCUGGAACAGAUGGGCAAGGCAUUUCUAGGUCCUUUGAGCAAGCUGCAGGUGGCUGACUUUGAGGAGUUAAGAAGCUAUCGAGCCCCACCAGAAUCUGUAGUCCAGGUGACGGAUGCAUUGUGUGACCUGUUCCACCAUGAGACAGGCUGGGCCAAUGCCAAGCAGCUGUUAUGUACUGAGGAUUUUUAUCAGGAGCUGGUAUUCUUCCCCAAAGAGAAGCUGACUGACUCAGAGCUGAUAAAGUUAAACCAAGCUCUGAAAGCUCCAGGUAUGCGUGAUGCAGCCUUGAGGUCAGUAAGCAUCCCUGCAGCAAACCUGGCAGUCUGGCUCUCGGCUGUUCUGCGCUAUGGGAUGGCACAGCGCCGGGGAUUGCCCACUGGCCUGCUACUGCGGCAGGUGGAGGCAACAUUGGCUCGGGAGCAGGCCCGCCUAGGCCAGUUCCAGUUUCAGGCCCAUGAUCUGCUACAGCAAACUUUGUCUCUGACUAAGAAGCUAGAAGAUGCCCACGCCUUUUAUAGCCUCAUCAUGGAGACCCUCAAUCAGGCACAAUGUGGAAAGUAUCACAAAUGGCCCAUGAAAUCUGCACUGCUCACACCCAUGCACAUGUGGACCCAACAGCUCCAGAAGUUGAAGGAUCAUUGCAAGACUGUGUUUGGAGAUGCCCUCUUGUGCUCAGCUGCCAUUGUCUACCUGGGUCCCUUUCCACCAGAGCGGCGCCAAGAACUGUUGGAAAAGUGGCUGUCUCUGUGUCAGGGCUUUGAGGAAGCGCUGGAGCCAGAUGAUGUGGCACAGGCACUGAAGCAGAAACCUGCUAGGGUGCCACCAAAGGAUCCUCUUGUGCCCACAUGUACUCCCUUCAGGAUUAUGAAAUUGCUGAGCUGUGAAUCUGAACAGCACCAGUGGGAUCGAGACCGGAAGCCCCAAGCGAAGUCAGCCCGCUUGUUAGGCCUGCUACUACAAAGCCACAUCUACUACAACAGCUGCCGUUGGCCUCUGCUGCUUGACCCCAGCAACCAGGCCCUCAUCUGGUUGAAUCCGCUACCCCUGAAACAGAACAAGUGGUUUGCACCACCUUCCAAAGAGAGCAGAGCAAAGCACCGUGUGACAAACCAAGACAGUGAGGAUGAAACGGAAGAUGAAGGUGAUGAUGACGAUGAUGAAGAUAGAAAUGAGGCCAAUAACCAAACAAAAGAACAGAAAACAGAGGAAAACAAGAGUGAGGAGAAAGAGAAGGAAGAGCAAGAAACAGAGAAAGAAAAGAGUGAAACAGAGAGUUCUAACUCAAGUCCAUCAUCUGAGACUCAGUCUCCACCUCUCCUUACUGUGCUCUCAGGUGCUGACCCAGAGUUGGGGCCUCAGCUCCUGGAGGCAGCUGCCAAUGGCCUGCCUGUGCUCUUGACUAAUAUGGAGCUGAGCCUAGGGUGCCAAGAACUUCAUGGGCUGCUAUUGAGGGAGAAUCUGAGUCCACCCCAUGUGCAACCUGGCUUCUGUCUCUAUCUGAGCACUACCCUUCCUAUCCAUGCUUUGGAACGAGUACUAGGUCGUAAAUUGCUGAAAGGGUUGAAUGUUCUGGAUCUGGGUCUGAACAUGGAAAUACUAGAAGAACAGAUGCUGCAUGAAAUCUUGUGCAGAGAGCGUCCAGAGCUUGAGACCCGCUGGCAGGACCUCAAAGUCAGAGCAGUGGAUACCUAUGAAGCUGUGGAGGCUGCUGAGGAACGGUUGCUGGUGAUAUUGCAACUUCAGAACCCAAAGCGUAAGAAACCGUCCAAGUUUAUGAGAGAAAUGGUGAGAACUCAGGCAAAGAUAUGUCAACUGAAUGCUCAAAGGGAAGAGAUAGAAGAGCAGAAGCUGGAGGAGAUGGCACUGUGGGCACCUUACCGGCAGGUAGCUUGUCAUGGAAUGGCUGUGGUAAAGGCCCUAAGUCCACUAGAGAACCUGCUGCCAUUUUUCUUUAUGAAUUUAGAGAAGUGGUUGGCAGUCACCAGGCGGGCUCUAGACAGCAUGAAACCACAUGAUAGCUAUCAUGGAGAGGACUUGGCCAGCCAUAUGCUGCAGCUGAAAAUACAUCUGACCCGCCAGUUGCUGAGCAGCACCUUGGCUGCCCUAGGCUUGACCCAAGCACCUUUGGUGGGUGCCUUGGGUGCUUUGGCCCUGCUGCAAGUGACAAAGAAGACACCAAAGCUAGAGAGGUUGGCACUGUGGCCUGGACUGUCAGCCUCUCCCAGCACAGGCCAUAACACACAGAUCCCUGGUGUGGUUAGGCCAGCCUGGCUAGGCUUAAGAGCCUGGCAAGAAUGUGGGGCAUUGGAGCUGCUGUCCCCAUUUGCUGGGCUUCGUGCAUCCCUGGCAGGCCACUCCAUUGUGUGGCAGGAUUACUUGUCACUAUCAUCCACCGUGCUGGGUCCUGCACCUGGUCCUAAUUCUGAGCCACUUAGCCUCCUCCAGAAGCUGAUUCUGUGGCGUGUACUGCGACCAGAUUGCCUGGCAGGUAUCCUAGCAGACCUCACCACCAGCCUACUAGGUCGGCCCCUAGAUGAAGACCUGGGUGCCCCUACCAUGAUCUUUGAACACAGUCAAGCUACUCAGCCCAUCCUGAUCGUGCUGCCACCACCUGGCCACCCUACAGCCACCUUGCAUCCUAUGACUGUCAUCCGGAAACUAGCUGCCAACCAUGAAAAGACACAGAAGCACCUGCAUGUGAUAGCACUAGGUUCUGAAGACUGGGAUCCUGUCUCAACUAUAGUCAACACUCUACGCCAGGCUAUGCUCCAGGGGCACUGGCUGGUGCUGGAUAAUUGUCAUUUGAUGCCCCAUUGGCCAAGAGAACUGCUACAGCCCUUGUUGGGACUGCUGGAUGAAGCCAAGGUGGCCUCAGACUCGGAACUGUUAGCCGAACAAGAAAGCAAGAAUGUGUCUACUGUCCACAGAGAUUUCCGUCUUUGGCUGAUUGUAUCUACUGAGGCCAGUGCUUCCUUGCCAGGGGUGCUGACCCAUCACUCCAUGACUGUUUUCUGGGACCAGUCCUUAGAACUGGGCCGUAUCUUGAUCGACAGUGUGGAUUCCCAGCAAGGACUCUGCAGGCAACCCCUCACCCAGACACUACCUUUGUUCCUCCUGCAUGGUCUCCUACUACACAGACAGCUCUAUGGGAUAAAGCUGCAAGCACACAGGGGGCGCUGGAGUCAAGUAACCUUGACCAACGUUCUUCAGAUCCAAGAGCAUCUGUGGGCCAGUCUCAGUAACCCCAGUGCUGCCUUGCUAGACCUGGCUGCUUCAGUUUUCUAUGGAGGUUCUUUGGAGGACCCAGAGGACAGAGAGGCCCUGAUUAGCCUGACACGAGCCUGUCUGAAUCCCAGGAGCAUAAGCUGGGUCCAGCCACACACACCUCAGCAUCUGCUGGCCACUCUGAUGCCUAGCCCAGAGCUUGGGAAGCUAGAUGCCAUGACAGAGUGCAAGGCCCGGAUGCAUCUACUGCCCACACCAGCUGAACCUCGUGUUUGUGGACUGAAUGAAGGGCCCAAGUCCUGGCUGUUGAGAUGCCAGAGUCGUGCUCUCCUGAAUGCGUUGCAGCAGUGUUCACCCACAUGGGUUCCUUCAGCUGGCGGAGGAAGCGCCCAGCGUAAAGAAAGGCGACUUCGGCAACGCUUGGUGCAAGCCAAGAAGAGGCUGGUGGCACUUCAGGCUUUGCUAACCAACCGUGCUCGACCAGGCCAGUGUGUCACCCCCUGGGCGGUGCUGGGGCCCACUGCCCACCGGCCUCUGGAGGGCUUCUUAGAGACAGAGGUGCUGGAACUGAGGCAGCUGGUGAGCAUACUGCAGCGCGACCUUGACUGCUUAUUGCAGCAGCUGAAGGGUGAGACCCCAUGCACCUCCAGCCGCUGUGCAGCAGUGGCCCAUGCUCUUUGGGCUGGACGCCUACCUCGGCCUUGGAGACCUCAUGCGCCUGCUGGGCCACAGCUGCCCUGGCAAUGGCUGCGACAACUGUCCCGCCGUGGGCACCUGUUGAUUCGCUACCUGGACAGUGACACGAGCGAAAAUGCCAAUGAACCAGAGCGCAUAUUUCACCUGUCAGCUUUUCGCCAUCCUCGUCGUCUAUUGCUGGCACUGCGUUGGGAGGCUGUCCUGGAGUCCUCGGUGCCCAGUCCCAAUCUUCCUGGUAACCAAGGCUCUGGCUCUGGCAGUCUCCCACCUAAACGUCAGGAGCUGAACAACCACCCUCUGCAUAUCCGGGUCGAGAAUGGCCCAAACCCCAAAGUUCCUGAGAUGGGACUGCUGCUGAUCGGGUUACAGCUCCAACAUGCAGAGUGGGACCAAAUGGAUGGGGCCGUGCAGGACAGCUUUUCCAGUCAACCCAGCCCCCUGCCUCCUGUCAGCGUCAGCACACAAGCCCUUGGGACCAAGGCUGCACCAGUCUCAGCUGGCCUGGGUGUGUACUCCUGUCCUGUAUACAUGACCGGACCCCUUGGCACUACCAAGCUGCACAGCAAGAACAUCCUGAUGCACCUGCCACUACCCACGAAGCUCAGCCCUGACACCUGUAUCCAACGGAGAGUCCAUGUGUGCAGCCCAACCUUAUCCUGAGCCCCCACCAAAAUAAAGCUGUAGUGGUGUCAGGAAUGACUUCUGGGAUUUGGAAGAAGAUUGCAGUAUGCACAGAGUACACAAUGUGGCACAUGGAGGGAAAAGGAUGCUACUGAUAGAGGAAGAAGGGGGACAUGUGCAAAACAAGAGGGGCAAAGGCUGUGGGUACUCUCUGGGCACAGGGGCCUGCUUUUAGUGCUGUUUACAAGGGGAUAGGGAAACCUAGCAAUAGCUAACACAGAAUUCUGAUUCCUUGCUCAGCUUUCUACUGUGGUCUCAGCACUUGCAUUAAAUAUCUAGUGGGUAGUUUUAAAUGGAGAACAUUAUUUGAAAGUUGCUUAAGGCAUUUAGCAGCAUUAUUGGAAUGUCCCACUUCUGCCUUACCACAUUCUCCAAAUGAAUCAUAUACCCAAAACAAAGGCCAAUGUACGACCCCUCACUCAUUCAAUAAUAACCAACUGAGCAAGCACUUCUCCAUAUGAAGUGUUUUUUCAGGCACCGAUGAGGCUAUUCAGGGUAAAACUCCUGCUUUCCUUGGGAUCUAUUUCCUGUCCCAUGGAAGUUCUAGGAACAUGUUAUGCCCUUUGAAAGCACCCUCCCCAGGGACCUCCUUCUAGGCCAUUCCUUUUAAUGGUCCAUUUAUCCAUUGUUGAAAUUAGCACCUUCAUUAUCCAGUCAGCUUCUCAUAGUGCCACCAGGAUUGGACUAAGCCUUCUGUGCAUACAUCCGUUUGGGGGAUACAUCAUAUCUAAACUUCACUACUCCACAACGGGAUCUCAAAAGGUCAUAUUAUUCUUAUAAUGCCAAAUGCAUAUUACCGCCCCCCCUCCCCGCCUUUCUGUUUUGAAACAGGUUCUUGCUGUGUUCCAGGUUGGUCUCAAACUUGUGAUGCACCUGACUCAGCUCCCCAAAUGCUGAAAUUAGAGGCCCAAACCACAAUAUCCAGCUAAAAUGCAUUUCUCAAAAAUCCACGUUCAAUUUCCUCAGACCUAAACUCUUAACUAUAACCCCCCAUAAAACUCAAGAAAUAUUCUAAAAUAUGACACACAGUAAACAUUUCCAUUCUAAGAGGGUGGAAUAGACACCAAAGAAAGGUUGGACCAGUGUAAGAGUGAAACCUAGCGGGACAAACAUUUAGUCCUACAGCCCAUUCCCAAAAGUACCCCGGGUAUGUGGUGAAAUGAUAUGAGCUCAAAUGUGCAUGGAUCCAUCCCCACCACUAAAGCCUUACCAUUUGCAGCCCACGUGGCUUCUCUAGACCUUGCUCCACUCACCGAGGCUUUCCAUGGCAGAUGCUGUAUGUCCAUGGCCUCUCUAAAUUUCUGGAGUGUCCUCUGCAGCUCCACUCACUAUUACAACUUUACACAUUGUCAGAGAUUUCCUGUGGGGAUUCUGGUCCUACCAUACAUACAUUGGCCUUUUAGACUCUCCUCUGAAAUAGAGAGGGAAAGCCUAUAAUUCUACAACUCUUACAUUCUACAUGCUUGAAACUCCAGCAUCACGCGGGCAAUGCCAAGGUCUGCUGCUAGCUCAAGCAGUAGCUACUCUUCAAUGGCCUCUGAACACCUGGAUGGAUGAAAACAGGGGGGCACUUUCCUAAGUGAACACUUCUCAAAGCAAAGUCUUUUGAAUGAAUUAAAACCUUUAUAUCCAUGUGCCUACCAAGGGUGGCAGCUAGCCAAUUCCUGAGAAACCCUCAGGUACUUUUCUGGUGUUCUGAUGCCAAAUAUUUGACUGUUUGGUUUAGGGGGUUAUCUUAUGUGCAUGAGUGUUUUGCCUGCAUGUAUGUAUAUAUGCACUACAUGCAUGCCUAGUCCUGUGAAGGUAUUAGAUUCUCUGAAACUAGUGUUAUGGAAAGUUGUGAGCUACCAUAUGGAUUCUAGGAAUCAAACCCAGGUCAUCUGCAAUAGCAACAAGUGCUCUUAACCACUGAGUUGCUGCUUUAACCUCUUAUCUUUUGAGACAGGGUUUCAUAUAGUCAGUCUGAACUUCAACUUGCUAUAUAGCUGAGGUUGACCUUGAAUUCUUGAUCCUCCUGCCGCCUAGCUACCAAGUGCUGGCUGGCAUUGGUAGACAUGCACAAUCACACAUAGUCUACUUAGUUUCUUUUCCUUUUUCUUUUUCUUUCUUUUUUUUUUUUUUUUUUUUUUUGUGACAGGUUUCUCUAUGUAGACCUGGCUGUCCUGAAACUCACUUUUGUAGACCAGGAUUGCCUGGAGCUCACAGAUAUCUGUCUGCCUCUGCCUCCCAAGUGCUGGGAUUAAAGGCAUGAGUUGGUGGCUUACUUAGUUUCUUUUUAAUGGCCCUAAUCUCUUCAACAACCACAUUCCUCUUGGCUUCAACUUUAAAGUUUUUUUGUUUUUUUUUCUGCUCUAAGUGAAAGAUUUUCAAAUUUUAACACCUUGCUUUUGGAAAACAUUCUUGCUAUAAAAUUGACUAAAAGCAGCUAGCAAUAACCAUGCCCUUUUAAUUCAGGCUGCCUUGAAAUGUCCUCUGCUGUAUUAACUAGUCUGAACCUUUAAAUUCACCCUCAUGCAAAGACUCAGGAUACUACUAAAAUCUAAACAAGUUCUUUACUGGGAUUAAAAAUGAAUGGUCUGUAAUCCAAUUCCCCAAGAGAGACCUUCUUCUCAUCUUUAUUGUCUCCUAUCAGCAUUCUGGCCUUCUGCAUUCUCACCAGAAUUGCCCAUUAAACAUUUCUAACAACAUUCUGGCACUUCUCUAGUUUGUAACUCUGCACUUUUCCAAAUUCUCCCAAACCAAUCCCAAAGAACCACAAAGUCAGGUUUAAUCACAAUAACAACCUUACUUCUCCAGGAUAGAUGUCUACCAACAUGACAAAUAUCUUAAAGAAACAACUUAAAGAAGGUGUUAUCAGCUCAUUGUUGCAAGAAUCUCAAUAGUUGAUGAUUCAUUGCUGUGCACCUGUGAAGAGACUGAGGCAGUGAGCAUGAACUGAAGCAAAGUUGCUCACCUCAUGAGAGGAAGCUGAGGAGGACAGAGGAAAGAGCUGGAGACAAGAUACGUUUUUCAAGUUAUAUUACCAGUGACCUGCUUCCUUCAGUUAUGCCCUAAAAUCUAAAGUGCCUAUCAUUUCUCAAAAUAACACCACCAUUUGGGAUCAGGACUUCAACAUAUUCAAACCAUAAUAUAUGGACUAAAUGAACUAUCCUUGGUAAAAGGAAUUUUUAAAAAUUUAAUUUUGGAGCUGAAAAUGUGACUCAGUUGGUAGUUUUUGCCUACAUGCACAAAACACUGAGUUUGAUCUCAAGCACCUCAUAAAACUGGGCAUGGUGGUACACACCUAUAAUCUCAGCACUUGGGAGGUAGAGAUCAGAAAUUCUAAGUCAUUCUCAGCUAUAUAGUGCGUUCAAGGUCAGAAUGGGCUACAAGAGACUAUGUUUCCAAAUAAAAUUUGUAAAUAGAAUUAUCUACAAAUCUGAGAUUACAUUUUAUGUAUAUAAACAAAUUAUAUUCUUGGUUAUUUCUAUUUCUGGUAAGAAUACAUACAUACAAAGAAGAGACAUUAAAACAUUUUUUUCACAAAUGUCACUAUUUGCAGGAAGGACAAAUCAAAAAUAAUUUGGAAUAGUUACUUGUAGCUAGAGUUUCCCUGCCUGGCCCACAGUCAGGACAAAUCUCUAUCACCCACCAGUCCUGCAGCCGCUCAGACCCAACCAAGUAAACACAGAGACUUAUAUUGUUUACAAACUGUAUGGCCGUGCCAGGCUUCUUGCUAACUGUUCUUACAUCUUAAACUAAUCCAUUUCUAUAAAUCUAUACCUUGCCUCGUGGCUCGUGGCAUCUUCACAUGCUGCUUGUCAUCGCAGCAGCUGGCAGUGUCUCAGACUCAGCCUUCCACUUCCCAGAAUUUUCUUCUCUGCUUGUUCCGCCUAUCCUUCCUGCCUGGCUACUGGCCAAUCAGUGUUUUAUUUACUAACCAAUCAGAGCAACAUAUUUGACAUACAGAACAUCCCACAGCAGUUACUAGACAGUGCACAAAUAUUAUUUCUCUUCCCUUUGAGAAUGGUUAGAGGUUUUGAGGGGGUUGUUUGCUUUUUACCAUCUAUGAAGCUAUAUUUCACACUGGUAAUUGUUUUGGUCAGUUACACAGGAGCAGAAAGGAUUGGCUUUGCUCCCUUUUCUUGCCUCAGUGACUACAAGAGCUUAUGUUGAGAUACUGUCUCCAUUAGUUGGGUCUCUGAGUGUGAUCAGAGUCCCUCUCAAACUAUAUUGACAGGGAAAAAAAUAACACUGGAGGUGAGAUGCUUAGUAGCUAAAGGCACCUAACUCUAAGACUGACAACCCAGGUUGAAUCCCUGAUAACCACAAGAUAGAAAAGAUUCUCAACAAAUGUCUCUGAUUUCCACACACACACCACGGCACACAUGUAAUACUGCUCCUUCCAAAUGAAAGAAAAAAAAUGUAAAAAAUAAAAAAGAAGUCUUAAAAUUACCACAUUGGCUUAAAUCAAUAUUUUGGGCUUUUAUUUCUUGAAAAGAUGGCCCAGCCACUCCUCAUAAGUACACUAACAGUUUAAGCAAUCACUAAAUUGUGGUUUAUUCACAUUAAUAAAAAUUAAUAUAGUUGAGCUCGAUACAGAUGCAUGUUAAGGGGUGAGUACAAAAAGCUAGACACAUGGAAAUGCUAUUUAGAUAUGGAAGUUUAAGUGGUAAGACUAUGUAGAAGACCAAUGAAAUAACAUUGAGUAAGGAUGGAAAUUCUGUGGGAGCAAGAAAAGAAAGUUGCUACUUAGCCUCUCUGGGUCUGUGGAUUGCAGAAUGAUUGUCCUUUGUUUAACAGCUAAUGUCCACUUAUAAGUGAGCACAUACCAUUUUGUCUUUCUGGGGCUGGGUUAUCUCACUCAGGAUAAUAUUUUCUAACCCCAUCCAUUUGCCUGCAAAUUUCAGGAUGCUAUUGUUUUUAACAGCUGAGUAAUACGCCUUUGUGUAAAUAUGUCACAUUUUCUUUAUCCAUUCUUUGGUUGAGAGACAUCUAGGUUGUUUCCAGUCCCUGGCUAUUAUGAAUAAAGCGGCAAUGAACAUGGUUGAGCAAGUGUUGUUGUGGUAGGAUGGAGCAUUCUUUAGGUAUAUGCCCAAGAAUGGUAUAGAUGGGUCUUGAGAUAGAUCCAUUCUCAAUUUUCUCAGGAACCUCCACAUUGUUUUCCAUAAUGGCUCUACUAGUUGACACUCAGACCAGCAAUGAAGUAUUCUGCUUGCUCCACAUCCUCACCAGCAUGAGCUGUUACUUGUGUUUUUGAUUUUAGCCUUUCUGAAAGGUGUAAGACGGAAUCUCAAAGUAGUUUUGAUUUGCAGUCCCCUGACGGCUAAAGAUGUUGAACAUUUCCUUAUGUGUUUCUCAGCCAUUUGAGAUUCCUCUAUUGAGAAUUCUGUUUAGAUCUGCAUCCCAUUUUAAUUGGAUUAUUUGGUUUAUUGAUCUAAUUUCUCAAGUUCUUUAUAUAUUUUGGAUAUUAGCCCUCUAUCAGUUGUGGGGUUGGUGAAAAUCUUUUCUGUAGGCUGCUGUUCUGUCCUAUUGACAGCAUCCUUUGCCUUACAGAAGCUUUUCAGUUUCAUGAGGUCCCAUUUAUUGUUGAUCUGAGUGACUGCUAGAUUGGUGUUUUGUUCAGGAAGUUGUCUCCUGUGCCCAUGCAUCCAAGGCUAUUCUCCACUUUCUCUUUUACCAGGUUCAGUGUGUCUGGUUUUAUGAGGUCUUUGAUCCACUUGGACUUGAGUUUUGUGCAGGGUGAUAGAUAUAGUUCUAUUUGCAUUCUUCUACAUGCUAACAUCCAGUUAGACCAGCACCACAGUGUAUUUUAUCUAGUGUGUAUUUCUGGCUUCUUUAUUAAAAUCAGAUGUGCAUGGAUGUGUGGAUUUAUGUCUGGGCCUUCUAUUUGAUUCCAUUGAUCAACCUGUCUUCAUACUAAUACCGUGAGGUUUUUUUUAUUACUAUAACUGUAGAGCUUAAAAUCAGGGAUGGUGAUACCUCCAAAAGUUCUUUUAUAAUACAGAACUGUUUUGUUUUUCGAGACACAGGGUUUCUCUGUAAAUCAGUCUUGGUUGUCCUGGAACUCACUCUGUAGACCAGGCUGGCCUUGAACUCAAAGAGAUCCACCUGCCUCUGCCUGGGAUUAAAGGCAUACACCACAACUGCCUGGCUUAUACAGGCUUGUUUUAGCUAUUCUGGGUUUUUUGUUUUUCCAUAUGAAGUUGAGUAUUGUCCUUUUAAGGUCUCUAAAGACUUGUGUUAGAAUUUUGAUGGGAAAUGUGCUGAAUCUGUAGACUGCUUUUGGUAAGAUGGCCGUUUUUACUAUGGUACAUUUUCCUACCAAUCCAUGAGCAUGGGAGAUCUUUCCAUCUUCUGGUAUCUUCUUCAAUCUCUUUCUUCAAAAACUUGAAGUUUUUGUCAUAUAAGUCUUUCACUUGCUUGGUUAGAGUUUGUUAGCAUUUCAUUUAGGCAUGGGUACUGGCCUGCCCUUUGGGUCCUGACAGGAUAUAUCCUCAGCUGCAGCCACUAAGAGCACUCUCUGUGUGCAUUCACUACGUUUCCUUAUAAAAGGCGGGCCUGGCCCACAUCCCAUCUCGUUCUCUUUCUCUUCCUUUGCUCUCAUCCCCAAGGACUGGUCUCUGCCCCCUUCUCUGUCCCUUCUUUCCCCUCCCCUCAAUAAACCUCCCACGUGAGCCCUGUUGUAUGGUAUGACUCCUCGCCAUUUUUAAAACACAACAGAGUUACCCCAAGAUAGUUUAUAUUAUUUGUCGCUAUUGUGAAGGGUGUUGUUUCCCUGAUUUCUUAAUCUGUUUGUCAUUUGUGUAUAGGAGGGCUACUGAUUUUUUUUUUUUUUUUAGUUAAUCUUGGGAGGAUGCAUGGAUCUCCCAGAGAAAGGGAAAUAAAACAGAUUUUACCAGUGGACUGGGAGUGGGUGGGGAUGGGAACAGGAGGGAAUCAGGAGGGGGUAGGUGGGAGGGAUGGAGGGAAAGAGUACUGGGAGAGAUGACAGAAUUGGGGGGAUUUUGGGGGGCGAUAUAGAAACCUAGUGCAGGGGAAACUCCCUGGACUUUAUGAGAGGGAUCCAAGUGAAGUCUCUUAGUAAUGGGGGAUAUGGAGCCCAAACUAGCCAUCUUUUAUAACAAAGCAAGGCUCAUAGCAUCAAUCCAGGGAUAUCAACCCAGCCACAAAACCUUCGACCUACAAUCUGUCCUUCCUGCAAGACAUGCUGAGGCAAUGGUGGCAUAGACUGGCUAAACACUAGGAAGAGCCAGGGGAAGUCUGAAGAAAAGAGGGAGGAAGGAUUGUAGGAGUCAGAGGGUUCAAGGACGCCAGGAGAACAUAGGCCACAGAAACAACUAAGCAGGGCUCAUAGUAGUAGCUCAAAGAGUCUGACACAAUAAGCAGAGACCCUGUAUGUGUCUGAGCUAGGUCCUCUGCCUAUAUGUUACAGUUGUGUAGCUUGUUCUUAUGGGACUUCCAACAAUAGGAGUGUGUGUGUGUGUGUGUGUGUGUGUGUGUGUGUGUGUGUGUGUGUGUGUGUGUAGAGGUGGCAGGGGCUGUCUCUGACUCCUUUGCCAGCAUUUAGGACCCUUUUCCUUCUACUGGGUUGUCCAGCCUUGAUAUGAAGGUUUGUGCCUAGUCUUUUUUUUUUAAAAGAUUAAUUUAUUUAUUAUGUACACAGAAGAGAUUGCCAGAUCUUAUUACAGAUGGUUGUGAGCCACCAUGUGGGUGCUGGGAAUUGAACUCAGGACCUCUUGAAGAGCAGUCGGUGCUCUUAAUCUCUGAGCCAUCUCUCCAGCCUCGCCUAGUCUUAUUGUAUUUUGUUAGGCCAUGCUCAGUAGAUCCCUGGGAAGCCUGCUUUUUUUUUUCCCCCCAUUUUUUUUUCUUUUUUUGGGGAAAUAGGUGGAGUUGAUCUGGAGGGGAAACUGUGGUCAGAAUGUAAUGCAUGAGAGAAGAAUAAAGGUUUAAAAAAAGUUCUAACACUCUAACCACACACACACACAAAAGCUGCUUGUGUUUGGGAAGUGGCUUUAGGUGAUAACAGCCUUCUGCUACAUAAUCUGGGAGAUUAUCAGUGGCUUUGUGAUAAAUCAGAGUUAAAUAUUGUUUUGUAUACUUUUCUUUAUAGGUGCUUUGUCCCCUUCAACUCAAAGGGCUUUUAAGAGACUAUUAGUGCCUCAGGAAAACAGCAAUGUAUUUCUCACUUAAAUGAAACCCAAAGCAGGUGAAUGACUUCAGUUUUGGUGAUGCUCAGGGAUUUAGGCACCUCUGCUCCAGUGCAUCAAGUUGGAAAACAUGGAAACUUGGGAGGCAGAGGUAGGCAGGUCUCUGUGAGUUUGAGGCCAGCCUGGUCUAUAGAUCAAGUUCCAAGACAGUCUCCAAAGCUACACAGAGAAACCCUGUCUUGAAAAAACCAAAGAGGGGUAAAAAGAGGAAAAAAAAAUUAAGUCUGGAAGCAGCAGUUUCAUUAUUAACCAACCGUCUCACCUCCAUUAGCUGUUGACAUACAACUCCAUGGGAAGAUAGGGAAUAUAGUAUAGUUGACUUCCCAGGAGGAAAGUGAGUGUGAAGAGCACUGGUAGUUCUCCGUUAUAACACCCAUAUACCUAAAUCACCAUGUAUUGUGUCAAAGAUAUUUAUGAGUACAGGGUCAUAGAAGGAGGGGAACAGGAGGAAAUUGUUUAGAGCCAUAUGGGCACAGUGACUGGUACUUCUCAUCAGCACAAGGAAAGAACUGUCACCUGCUGCCUGCUUCACAUUCCACUGUUUGACAAGACAAAUGUGCAUGGGUUCCCCAUGUGCUCCGUGAAAGGUAAACGGUCUUGAGGUAUGUUGGGACCUUGUCAGGGAAGGUGAGGCUCAUUAGCACUAGGUGGCAGUGGAUACAUUGUGCCCUAGUUUGCUGCCUGUUUGCUGUGGUAAAACUGACAAAACCAACUUGGAAAGAAAAGGGUUUAUAACAUCCUACAGGUUACAGUCUAUCAUCGAGGGAAGCCUGGGCAGGAGCUGGAGGCAGGAACCUGGAGGCAGGAACUGAAGCAGAGGCCAUAAUGAUGCUUAACUAGUUUGCUUCCCCUGGUUUAUUCAAUGACUUUUCUUACAAAGCCCAGGCCCACCUGCCUAUGAGUGGCAAUGCCCAGACUGGGCUGGGCCCUCCACACAAUCAACAAGAAAACGCCCCACAGACAUGCCUACAGGCCAAUCUGAUGGAGGCAUCUUCUCAGCUGAGAUGUUCUCCUCAAGUGACUCUAGUUUGUGUCUAUUUGACAAAAACUAACCGACAUACACUGUCAGGGUUAGGAGCUAUGGAUUUAAGGGGCAGUUGGGUUAUAUAUCAUAAGGAAUCAACCAAAGUCAGUUCCUGCACAUGUCCCUGUGGGGAGCUCUGCAUCACACACAAAAGUUAACAUUUAUAUAUUUGUCUUGAAAAACAUAUCAAUGAUGUAUUAAUUGAGUAAGUUUAAUCUUCUCUGAUAUACCUCCCUCCAUUCCAAUCCCCAAACAAACAGAAAAGGUAAAGAAUGAGUAAAAGGAGGGCUGGAGAGAUGGCUCAGUGCUUAAGAGCACUAACUGCUCUUCCAGAGGACCUGGGUUCAAUUCCCAGCACCCACAUGGCAGCUCACAGCUGUCUGUAACUCCAGUUCCAGAGGACCUGCUACCCAUGGCAAAACACCAAUGCACAUAAAAAAUGAGUAAAACAUAUUCCCCUUAUCCACUGAACUGAAGAGAAGUUUAGGCCCUAGGAGCUACUGAUACUGAAAUGUGGGAAGUGGCAGAGAAGGAAUAUGCAUUUAAAGGGUUUUUGUUUUUGUUUUUUUAGAUUGGAUUCAGUCAUCAUGGAGAACAUAACAUAUUUAUACCAGAGUACUAACAAGUGAACAGAUCCUUGAAGUGAAGCCAAAGCGGGGAGGGUGGGGAGUGCUGUGGCAAUCAGAGAGACUUCCAAGAAGUCUAGUCAGUAAGGUGUCUCUGCCUAAUUAAGAAUGCAUCUGUGGCCGGGUGGUGGUGGCGCACGCCUUUAAUCCCAGCACUCGGGAGGCAGAGCCAGGCGGAUCUCUGUGAGUUCGAGGCCAGCCUGGUCUCCAAAGCGAGUUCCAGGAAAGGCGCAAAGCUACACAGAGAAACCCUGUCUCGAAAAACCAAAAAAAAAAAAAAAAAAAAAAGAAUGCAUCUGUGACUAUGAGAAUCAGGACACCAAGAGAAGCACAAAGCCCUUACUCCUGACACUUCUGUGCUCCUGAACUAAAGCCAAGUCAUCAACCUUCAGGUUCCUUGUUAUAUUAGGAAAAAAAUUUUUAGUAUUUAAAAAAUUUACUGGGAAUUUUUUAGUCAUAAAUAAUUGAUAAAAUAUUUGUUUCCUGAUGUGAACAUUAUUUUUCUUCAUUUAAAAGUAGGAUAAGAGGUUAGAAAGAUAGUAAGAGUGAGUACUUCUCUUGCAGAGGACUCAAGUUCAAUUUUCCAAACCCUCAUCAGGCAGCUCACAACUGCCUAUAACUCCACCUCCAAGAAAUUCCAUGUCUUUGGUCUCAGCCACUGUACUCACACAUGCAUAACCCCCAUAUAUGUAGUCAAAAAAUAAAAACAAAUAUUUAAAGUGGAACAAUUAGAAAGCAUAUACUGGCACGUGGUAAGAUAAAUGUUGACGCAUGCUACAGGAAACAGAGGGUUUUGUGGUAAGGUGAACAGGAAGACAUACCCAGAUGCAUAAUGACAAUUGCCGUAACAUGCUCGCAUUCAUUAGCUUUAGGGGUUUAGUUCUGUUUCAGAGUUCAAUUUUCUCCUAAAUGGCCAAACUUCUUGUAUACUAUGACUCCAUCACCUUUAAAACCAGACCUUUCUAGGUAGGGAAAGAAGUGGGAGAAAAUGGACACAGCUCAUCUGCCUUUCACUUUCUUUGUAUGAAAACAUCCCUCUGACUAUCCAUGACCUGCCUAGUGUACAUUGCUGGAAAAUAAGAGUUUAAUUCUAUGUCCAGAAAGAGGGCACCUGGGGAAUUUCUUCCACAGGAAAGAAAAACAUGUCACUGGUAAGAUGAUCCAGAAGAUGAAAAUGAAUUGAGGGAAAGAAUAUUUUAGGAAGAUGGAGGGGGCAUGUAUAGAUGUAGAGAGGGCGUGGAGUGCAUAAGGAAUGAACAGCAAGCUCCUGCUGGAGUACUGAGGAGGGGAAGAGUGAGUUAAGCAGUUGGACUGCAGAACAAUGCCUGGGUAAGAUCACACAGGACCUGGGAAGGAGUCUGUCUUUUGUUCUCAAGCAAUGAGAAUUCAUUGAAGGAUUUUAUGCAGAAAGGUGACAUAAUCUGAUUUACAUUUUCAUAAAGAUCACUUUGCAGUAUGGAAAAUGAAUUGCUUUGGGAAGCAAAGGCAAUUAGAUCCCUAAAGCAAUCACUGCAGUAGCCAAAAGUCCUACAACCAGGUGGCUAGUUAGAGAACUCACCUGGGAAAGAUGAUGACCUGGAAAUGAAAGGUUCUAAUUACUAGUUUCUGUGAAAAGCCAGAGAGCUUUGUGUGAUUACGUAACUGGUAAGUGCUUGGAGCUGAGCUGUCUCUGCCAAGAUCACACUGUUUCUUUUGGAACUGUGUUCUCUCUUAGGACUGUUUUACGGGAACAAAAUCAGGAGCACAGGAAUAAUUGCAGAACACUGCUUGGAGAGCUCUGAAAGGGAUAUUGAACAUGACCCAGGUCUAGACUGAUAUCCAUAUCCAACUUCAUUCUUGUCUCCCACAGCCCUGAAAGAGUAAACUCUCUCUCUGCUGAGAAAGGCUGCAGCAAGCCUGGAAUUGUCUUCUAUUUAUUUAUUAAUUUGUUUACUUUGUUUUAUGAGUGUUUUGCCUGCAUGUAUGUCUGUGGACCAUGUGGGAGCCUGGUGUGCCCAGACACCAAAGUGGGCACUGGAUCCCUUAGGGCUGGAGUCAGAUGGUUAUGAGCCAUCUUAUGGGUGCUGGGAAUCGAACCUGUGUUCUUUCCAAGAGCAGCCAGAGCUCUCAACCACAGAAACAUCUGUCUAGCCCCACUGUGAUAUUCUCAGUUAACUGACAGUCCCGUGAUCAGCUCAAGAAGUAAACAAUCUAAAUUAGCAUGCAUAAUUCUGUGUAAUAAAUAACGGGCCCCUGUGGUGGCUUUAAAUCUUUCCUCCUUCCAGCUCUGCCUCACCUAAGUCAAGGAGGCUGCUUUAGGGAAUGGAGGAGAGCUCCCUGCUCUCCACAAUUCUUUCUCACCUCCGUGCUGAUUAUUCCAGGCAUAGGUACUGAGGAGGAGGGACAAGGAAAGUCUGCAAGUCUGGUUUGACUUGGUGGUUCUUUGACCUGGCAGGUCCCUGGUGGAAAUUCAAAGGUGAAAUUUUUGUUAGUCUCUGAUGGAUACUGCACUAUUCUGGGUGGCCUUCUGAAACUGUUCCAUAAGCCCAAAUGGCUGACUCCUUGCUGCUUGUUAUGAAGUCUCUUUAUCUCUUCAAAAUGGUCCCACAGGACAGGACUCAAGCCCAUCUUACACUAACACAAGAUGCAUAGAAGAUACUCAUGUUCUAUUGCCAGGGCACAUUCUGGGAAUGCAAGCUAGUGCCAAAGCAGCGGCACCCCACUACCACACCAUCUACACAGCCUCUGAGCUUUUUUCAUGGCAGGAGUAAGACCCUAGGCUCAUCAUUCCUCAGCAGUAGAAAUAAAUAUCUCAUGCUUCCCUAAUGUUCUCAGUAGACCCUAGCUAGACUUGUGGUCAGUAGCAGAAACCUGACCCUCUCCCGUUUCUUACAAAUGGGGCUGGAUUCUGAUAGACCUGUAGUACAGGAAAGUAACAAGUUCCUGACACAACACUGUACCAUGCUCCCAUCUUCUUAUGACUCGAACUUCAUGUGUUAUUAACACUGCCAAUACUUCUACUCUAUUUCCUUAGUUAAGCGUCUCACUAUGUAUCCCCUGGGUGGCCUGGAACUACGUAGACUAGGCUGGCCUCAAACUCAAGAGAUCCUCCUGCUUCUGCCUCCCAAGUGCUGGGAUUAAAGGCAUGUGCCACCACCAACAACCAUUAUUCAUUCUCUUCUAUUCUCCUUGAAAUGAUCUUCAUUUUCCUUUCCUCAAAAUCCCAAUCCUCUCUCCACUUUCACUUUCAAUGAAUAUAUUUUGCUUCCUCCUUCAAGGAGAAAACCCAAAGCCACCAGAAAAGAAUUUCUAGGGCCCUACUCAGAUCUAUAGAACCAGAAACUACAGGAGAGGGCUCGGGACACAGCAUUAUAAUGAACCUUGCAGAUGACUCCAGUCACUCUAAAGUUUGAAAGCCACUGUCUUUCACAGUUAACCCCUCCUAUUACCACUUACCUCCUAAUACUCUUCUUCUUCCUUCAAUCUGUUCCGGCCAUACAAGCCUCUUGUUCUUUAAGCUGGGUAUGCUGCAUGUGAGAGUGGAUAGUGUGUGUGUAUGUGUGUGUGUGUGUGUGUGUGUGUGUGUGUGUGUGCGUGUGCGUGUGGGCAGGGGUAGGAGCCAAAGGACGACAUCAGGUUUCCUGCUUUUAUCAUUCUCUACCUUAUUCCUUUAAGACAACUUCUUACUGGGUCUGGUGCUGACCACUGCAGAGGUAAGUUGGCUGGCCUACAAACCCCAACAGCCUGUCUCCACUAGCCCAUCCCUCCUCAGCUUUGGAGCUAUAGGCAUGCAUUUCUAUGUGUGGGUCUGAACUCAGGUCUCCAUGCUUGCACAGCAGUGCUGUUAGCCACUGAGUCAUCUCCCUGGACCCCAAAUUCAACUUUUGAAUUGACCACACCAGCCUGUCCAUUUUAUUACAGAUUUUUUUUUCUUUCAAAAAACCUCAACAUUAUACCAACUCCAUCUUGAGGUUCUCCUGCUGGCAUACCUUUCCCAUCACUAGUUCCCUUUCCCAUUACAGCACCCUUAUGUAACCCAGACU